UGUAUUGGAGAAGCACCCUUAGUGUGGGCGACAAGUAUGUUUACGUAAACUAUGCUCGCGUGCGCAAAGAUCUUCACGUAUGCACUGCUUGCCUCGUUUGGUGUAUAAAAAAUUCGCAUGUGUGAAAAAUUUUUCCAGAAAAUUUCUGUACUAGACGGUAUACAGCAUUCUGUAGGCGAACGAGAUUUUCGUGUACACGCUGCUCGCCCUAUAAGUAGACCAUAAUAGUAAUCUUUUCGUCAACUUUACAAUUUAAGGUUAUCAUGGCAGACCGUUUGACUCAAUUACAAGACACAAUUAAUCAGCAAGCUGAGUACUUUUGUAACAGCGUUGGAAUUCUCCAACAGUAUUCAACACCCAGCAAAUUUCCGGGAUUUGAUCGAAAUAAUACACCUCAACAACAAAAUCAAUCUCAAGAAGAUUAUGCAGCUCUUUUUGCAACUUUAAUUGCUAGGUGUGCUAAAGAUAUUGAUACAUUAAUUGACAGUUUACCUAGUGAAGAGUCAUCACAAGAACUUCAAGUGGCAAGUCUUAUGAAGUUGGAGCAAGAUAAUCAAGAUGCAGCUGAACGGCUUGAAGAGGUAGUACAGCAAGGUGAAGCAUUAUUGCAAAGAAUUCAAGCUGCACUCCAAGAUAUUGCUCAAAGUCAAUUGGACAUGCAAAAUCCCACUGCAAGUACCGUAAUUAAUCCAAGUCAACCUCUUAGUAUGAGUAGUAUUACCAAUAGUGUAAGUGUGACGCAAGAACCUCAAAAUAAUGUGAAUCUUAAAAAUCAUCAAAUUCCAGAAGCAUCAUCCAAUUCUAUGUAGAUAUAUAAUUUUGAUUUCUAAAAUUUUCAUCUCAUUUAUUCAUCACAUGUAUAUAAUGCUUUUUAUUUGUUAAUCAUUAUUUUUGACUUUGUAAAUGAAGUUUUAGGUAUAAUAAAACUAAUUAUUAUGUAAAUUAGAAUAAUUAUUUGGAAAAGUUACAUUAAGAAAGAGAAUUCUACUAUGAAAAUGUUUUAUUCAUAAAAACUUUGCCUUAA